AUGGUCCUCCUACCGGGCAUCCUUCUUUUCCUUUUACCCGCCACAUAUGCUACCACUUUCUCCACGGAGCAUUUCACUGGAGUCCUGGACAGUGAAUCCGGGGUACUAAGAUCCCUGAAAUCGUCACUAGACUCAUCCUUUGACUUUUCCCCAUAUGAUGUCUUUGCCAACCGCAGUGGCGACGGCCAUUACCACACCGGUGACCUGACCAUUCGCUACCGGGUGGGCAAUUCCAACUCGUGGAUAAAUGCAGACACGGUCACAAACCGCGUCCCUCUCACCAACAGCACCUCUUCCCAUUCUAUUCUGUCCUCCAAUCUUGGUGUAACCAUUGGAAACAUUACCCACGACCGUCUUUUCAUCACACGGACCUGGACAGGCUACCGAGGAGACCUUGCGCUGAACUUCACCUUGAGGAACGGCAACUCCCAAUCCAUCGAAAUCGGUAGCCUAGGUUUUCCAAUCGAGUUCAACAGCAUUUUUACGGAUCGAACGGCAGUGGAGACAAGAGAGAAGUGUGUUUUGGUGGACCCUUUCAUCGGUCUACAGGCUGGAUAUGCCCAAGUGACUAGGCUACUCGGACAAGGUCCUCACCUGGUUGUAACCCCUCUGAAUCUCAAUACAAAGCUUGAAGCAUGGAGGUUCCUUACAGAGGCGACGGAUACGUCAUUGGCAUACCAGAGUCAGGUGUUUGAGGGCAACUAUGAGUGGCAGGUUUACUCGAAGGCUUAUGCAGAUCAGGAAUGGGAGGGUCUUGAGCCGUGGAAUCCUCCAACGUCGCUAGUUCUGUCGCCAGGAGAGUCUGUCUCAUUUGGCCUGCGGUUUACGGCUGUUCAGAACGUGGACGAUUUUGAACCUACUGUUUCUUCGCUUGGACAUCCGGUUGCUGUUGGGAUUCCAGGAUACGUGGUACCAAAGGACCUAGAGGGGCAGUUGUUCCUGAAUACGACACUUGGGGUCGAUUCAGUGGAUGUUUCUCCAGAUGCCUGUCUUUCAUUGACACCCUUGAGCUUGGACAGUAGCUCAUGGACAGGGUAUAAGAUUGUACCAAACCAGGAAGCAUUCGGCAGAUGCAGAGUAGAUCUUGUCUACGACACAGGGUUGAAGCAUGCUCUACACUACUAUAUCACCGACACUGGCCCUAGCACUCUCGCCAAUGCCGGCCAGUUCUUGGAAGAGAGCCAGUGGUUUACAAAUACGUCAGAUCCAUUCGGACGUGCCCCCUCUAUCAUCACCCACGAUAGGUCUGUGAACAGCCCUGUUCUCCAAGAUAAUCGGGUAUGGAUCGCAGGUCUGAGUGAUGAAGGUGGUGCGGGCUCCUUUGUGACAGCAGCUAUGAAGCAGACUAUCCAGCCUGUCGCAUCGGAGGUUGCCAAGUUGGAACAAUUUGUGAAUGAAACUGUUUGGUCCCGACUGCAACUAACCAACGGAUCAACUAUGUACGGAGUUCGGAAAAGCUUGUUCUUCUAUGAGCCUGAUGCUUUACCGGGUUAUGACUAUGACCCUGAGAUAUAUUGGCCUGGAAGCUGGGACAAAGAAGCUGCUUAUUUGCUUGACCGAGCUUACGAUUACGUUCAUGUUUCCGCGCUUUAUUGGGGGUUGUACCGGGCUGGCCGGAUUGCUCCAAGCGUGCUCACUCUACGGUCGCCAAAAUGGUAUUUGUUGCAGGCAUAUAAAACUGUGUUGUUCGCAUACGGAACCCAGCCUGAUGGAAGCCAAAACACCUAUUAUAAUGACCUCGGGCUAAUGGGCGAAACAGUGUGGAUGUACCUGUUAGAGGAUCUUCGGGCCGAGAACUACACAUCGGAAGCGACAAAGUUUGAGGAUAUCAUGCGAAAUCGUGCGCAAGCAUGGUCGACGCAGGAAGAUCCUUUUGGUAGUGAGCAGGCUUGGGAUUGCACAGGACAGGAGGGAGUGUACUUGUGGUCCAAGUACUUCAACUACACGGAUACAGUGGACAAGACUAUCUCUUCGAUCAGAGGAUAUAUGCCAACUGUAGCCCAUUGGGGGUGGAACGGCAAUGCUCGGCGGUAUUGGGAUUUUACUACGGCAGGCAAACUCUCCCGCAUCGAACGACAAAUCCACCACUACGGAUCCAGCCUGAACGCUCUCCCAAUACUAGAGAAUUAUCGAUCUCUCUCCGACCCAACAUCGCAAUCGAGCUUCUACGACCUCCGCAUCGGCUACGGGGGGAACCAAGGUCCGACGACCAAUGUUGCUGACGAUGGCUUCGGGUCCAUGUCUUUCCACUCUUUUCCACAGACAUUGGCAUGGGAUGACUACACUGGCGACUAUGGGCCUGGGUUCUUGGGACAGGUAUUAGGUGCUGUGACGGUUCAACUGAAACAUCCGGAAUUUGGAUGGGUGAGCUUCGGAGGAAACAUUGCCUCCAGUGGAGGUGACACCGUGGUACUGCAACCGCGAGACACGGUCCGCAGGAGAGUCUACUUGGCAGACCUGGGCUUGGAUAUUGAGAUUGAUGCGGGUGCUAUCCAGGAGGUCAGAACGCUGUAUGGUGAUAGUCGGGUGGAAGUCGAUCUGGUUGAUCAGGCUGAUGGCUCGGGAGGAGUGCCUGCCACUACGGCUACGGUGGAGUAUGCUGUAACCUCUGUUACUGGGUCAAAAGACAUCCGACUAGUGGAAGAUGAGUUGACAAAGGGCAAGUAUGGGUGGGAGGUAAGCUUCGCGUCAGGCAAAGCAACGGUCGUAUUUGAGUGGUAGAUAUAGCUGGUUGGGCCCUGCUGAGUAUUUUGCCCAGUCUGAACGAGGUAUCAUAACCCUAGGUUGCAGCUGGCACAUAUAUGUGCUUCUAGAAGCUGAAACCCAGUUCCCUCGACACACUGAAUGAAGUAUUAUCAUGGCUCGCUCACCAGACCAAGCAGACAAUCCUUAC